GCUUCCGGCGUGGGCCCGCGGAUCCCGGAAGUAGCUGCCCGACUACUCGGCGGCGUCUGUGGGCUCGCGGUUGCUGGCCGUGACUUUUCCGCGCUCGAAGACCCCACCGCCGCGCUCGCCGCCAUGGGGAAACGCCAGCACCAGAAAGACAAGAUGUACAUCACCUGUGCUGAAUACACUCACUUCUAUGGUGGCAAGAAGCCAGAUCUCCCCCAGUCAAAUUUCCGCCGUUUACCCUUCGACCACUGCAGUCUCUCUCUACAGCCCUUCGUCUACCCAGUCUGCACCCCGGAAGGCGUCGUCUUUGACUUACUGAACAUAGUUCCGUGGCUUAAGAAGUACGGGACCAACCCCAGCACUGGAGAGAAACUCGACGGGCGGUCCCUGAUCAAGCUGAACUUCGCCAAGAACAGUGAGGGGAAGUACCACUGCCCGGUGCUGUUUACCGUGUUCACCAACAACACCCACAUCGUGGCUGUCAGGACCACGGGCAACGUCUUCGCCUACGAGGCUGUGGAGCAGCUGAACAUCAAGGCUAAGAACUUCCGGGACCUGCUGACCGACGAGCCCUUCUCCCGGCAGGACAUCAUCACCCUGCAGGACCCCACCAAUCUGGACAAGUUCAACGUCUCCAACUUCUUCCACGUCAAGAAUAACAUAAAGAUAGUAGACCCAGAUGAGGAAAAGGCCAGACAGGACCCGUGUUACUAUUUGAAAAACACCAACGCCGAGACGCGCGAGACGCUGCAGGAGCUGUACAAGGAGUUCAGAGGGGACGAGGUCCUGGCCGCCACCACGAGAGUCCCUGAGAAGCAGAAAGUAGACAAGCUGAAUGCCGCCCACUAUUCCACAGGGAAGGUCAGCGCCUCCUUCACCUCCACCGCCAUGGUUCCCGAAACCACACACGAAGCAGCGGCCAUCGACGAGGACGUGCUGCGCUACCGGUUUGUGAAGAAGAAGGGCUACGUGCGGCUGCACACCAACAAGGGCGACCUCAACCUGGAGCUGCACUGCGACCUGACCCCCAAAACCUGCGAGAACUUCAUCAAGCUGUGCAAGAAGCAGUACUACGACGGCACCAUCUUCCACAGGUCCAUCAGGAACUUCGUGAUCCAAGGGGGCGACCCCACCGGCACGGGCACAGGUGGGGAGUCGUACUGGGGGAAGCCGUUCAAAGACGAGCUCCGGCCCAACCUCUCGCACACCGGCCGCGGCAUCCUCAGCAUGGCCAACUCGGGGCCCAACAGCAACAAGUCGCAGUUCUUCAUCACCUUCCGCUCCUGCGCUUACCUGGACAAGAAGCACACCAUCUUUGGACGGGUGGUCGGCGGCUUCGACACGCUGACGGCCAUGGAGAACGUGGAGAGCGACCCCAAAACUGACCGCCCCAAGGAGGAUGUGCGCAUCGAAGCCGCCACUGUGUUCGUGGACCCCUAUGAGGAGGCUGACGCCCAGAUCGCUGAGGAGCGGAAGAAGACCCAGCUGGAGGCAGCCCCGGAGGCACCGGCCAAGGCCCCCCAGCCCCAGGCGGGGAGCCAGGGCCCCCAGACCUACCGCCAGGGGGUCGGCAAGUACAUCAACCCGGCUGCCACGAAACGGGCGGCGGAGGAGGAGCCGGCAGCCAGCGCCGCCGCGCCCGUGCCCAAGAAGCAGGCGGGCCGUGGUGGCUUCGGGGACUUCAGCUCCUGGUAGGGACGCCGGGCUGGGGCCCCCACUGCCGAGGCUCGGGGAUGGCCAGUAUCCCCCUCAUCCUGCCGGUGGGCACCGCCCAGGAACCCGGGCGCCUGGGGGCCAGGAGCGGCGCAGGACUCCAGCCCAGGACGGGGCCGGCCCCCACCCCCUGCUCUUCUGUUAAAUCUUCGGCACGCUCUGGCACCUGCCUCGUUCCUUCGUUCCUGCCCCGUAGCCCGCACCGUCCCGCCCCCUGUUCGGCCAAGUGCCUUGACGUGGGCCGCCCGCCCGCCCUUCCGAAGCCAGCAGUGGCCCUGGCCCGGGGUAGAGAGGGGGCGGACACAAACUCGCGGUCCCUCCCCCUGCUCCGGGCAGCACCGUGGGGGGACAGUACUGUCACAGCGAGACCAGGGACAGCAGAAGCAGCUUUAUUCUGAAACCUCACACAGACACAGGACGGGGAAGCCGGGCGCUCCGCUGGGCCCGCGCCCGGGGCGGCUCGGCGCCUCUCGGCGGGGCUGAGAGCGCAGUUUUCUAGAAUACUCAAGCCACCUGGGUUUUGUAAUGACCCGAUGAGGUCUUCAGGUCAAAUAAAGUACUUUUUGGAAAAA